GCGGAAAAACAUUAUUCCGAGUCCAAACAUCACAUGCCCUACCUUGAAUUAUACAUCUCUGUAUCGAUAAUGCUGGGCUCGUUUGGAAGUUUCUAUGAUUCCCUUCUGAUGGGCGGGGCAGGCUGGAUGGUAAGCAGCGAUAAUGACGGCAAGGACACGAUGCUAGUCACGAUGACAUAUGGGCAACUUUCAUGCUGUCAAAGGUUGAUCAAUUGGUGCCAGUGCACCGGUGCUGAUGAGCUAGUGCUUUGCCUCACCAUACCGUGACCGGCAAUCCGACAUGUUAAAAUGGCAUCCGUCCUUGAUCCAUCCCCCCUCGACCUUCCUCAAUGGCGC